CUGGAGCCGGCGUGGCUCUCCGCAGGGCCGUGCCUGCUGUUGUCACCAUGUCGACGUGCCCUUUCCCUUCAACAUCUUCCCGCUGUACUCACGUCAUUGUAAAAAACGCAGGGGCCGUGGGCGGACUGUGCAGGGUUAGAGACAAAUAAUUCAACGUGUUACAGAGAGAGGAGGAGGAGGAGGAGGAGAGACAGAGAGAGAGAGAGAGAGAGAUUCUCAUACAACUCGCACUUCGGGAUUACGGGGACGAAGAAGAACAUGCACUCCCCAGCGUGUCUCAGGAGUUCACCCCAGAUUUGAUCACGAUCUUGGAGCAAGACAGAAAGAGGAGAAACCAAACAGCAGCGAGAGAGAGAGAGGGAUGAAAACUCCGCCAGAAUCAGAGGGACCGAAAGGAUGAAAGUGAGCGAAACGCUGUCAGGGAGAGAUGAAACGAAACACUGACUGUGGGAGAUGGAGUGAAGCGCUUCUUGGGCGAGAGAGGGAGCGACAGGCUAAAAGCGACAGGUUUGCCUUCCCAGAUUGGGCAUACAAGCCGGAAUCGAGCCCCGGAUCCCGCCAGAUCCAGCUCUGGCACUUUAUCCUGGAACUUCUGCGGAAGGAGGAAUAUCACGAUGUCAUCGCCUGGCAGGGGGACUACGGCGAGUUUGUCAUCAAGGAUCCCGACGAGGUGGCGAGGCUCUGGGGGGUCCGCAAGUGCAAGCCCCAGAUGAACUACGACAAGCUGAGCCGGGCCCUCAGAUAUUACUAUAACAAGCGAAUCCUUCACAAGACCAAAGGGAAACGGUUCACCUACAAGUUUAAUUUUAAUAAGCUGGUGCUGGUGAACUAUCCUUUCAUUGACAUGGGUGCAGCCGUGCCCCAGAGCGCACCCCCAGUGCCCACAGGCUCCAGCCAUUUCCGCUUCCCUCCCUCCACGCCUUCGGAGGUGCUGUCUCCGGUGGAAGAACUCCGGUCCCCGGCCCCGUACUCGGUGCUUGGGCGCCGCCUGGCCCGUGGCUCUGUCAGCGACUGCAGCGACGGCACGUCCGUCACUUCGGAACUGGAGGACGGCCUGCAGGCCGAGGACCGGCGAGGCGGAGGGGGAGGAGGAGGAGGGGGAGCAGCAGCAGCCGGGGCCCCCCCUACUGGCCCAGAGUUGAACGGCCUGCGCCCAGGAGCCUCAGGCCUGUUCCGCCUUUACCCCAGGCACCGGGGCCUGCACCCCGAGCCCCUCAGCCCCUUCCCGGCCUCUCCCAUGGGGCCGGGGGCAGGCCUGGGCCUAGCGCCCGCCCUCUCGCCUGCCCUCUCGGUCACUCCCACCCACCUGAGCUACACGCCAUCGCCCAGCCUUAGCCCCAUGUACCCGGGGAGCAGCCAUUUCUCCUUCAACCCCGAGGACAUGAAGCGUUACCUCCAGGCCCACACCCAGAGUGUCUACAACUAUCACCUCAGCCCUCGGGCCUUCCUGCACUACCCCAACAUCGUGGUGCCCCAGCCCCAGAGGCUCGAUGCCAAGCCAAGCGCCACCGGGCCAGCUGCUCCUCCUCACCACCACCACCACCUCCACCAACACCCCCACCAUCACCCUCCUCCACCCCCUCUACCCCUGCCCUCCUUGCCCCUGCCCCCUCUGGGGCCUGAGGAGCCACCCUCCUUCAAGUUCAAGCUGCAGCCCCCGCCGCCGGGCCGCAAGAACCGGGAGAAGGCCAGGCCUGCGCCACUAGGCCCGGACACCGAUGAGGUGCCAGGCUGCAGCAAGCCCCUGCCCCACAUCAAAGUGGAGCCGGUCUCCGACCCUGAGGAGGAGGAGGAGGAAGAGGAGGACGUGGAGGUGACGGACAUCAGCGAGGAGGGCGAAGACGACGGGGAGGUCUUCAAGACCCCGACCGCCGUCGCCGAGCCCCCCCCGCCCCCUCCCCCGGCCCCCGAGCCCCCUCAGGCCCAGCAGCCCGACUCCCGCUGCAUCCCUCUGAAACUCCGCUUCAAGCGGAGGUGGAGCGAGGACCAGAGGGCCGAGGCGGCCGCUGAGGAGAUGGAUGACAAGAAGCCGCGCCCCGAGGACCCGCCCGGAUGCCCGGGUGGCGCCCGAAGGGAGAGCACGGACCUCCAGCAGGCCACUGCCGAACUGUCUCUGGAGAAUAAGGAGUCAUUGUGACUCUGUGCCUCUCCACUUCGGCUCGGCUUCAAGCCUCGCCUGACCAUCAAGCAUAUUAUCGACGCAGCAGCAUGGGAAGGGGGGACGCGGGGUGGGAUUGGGAGGGGGCAACAGUGUCGGCCGAUGUUGUCAAACCCCUUUCCGCACCCCUCUCCCCCUUCCUGCCACCAAAUCUUCAGAGAGACGUAUCGCCCGAUCAUAACCUUUAACCCUGAUGGGCAAGGGUACCUUAGCCAAUGCCUGAACAGGAUGGCGUUCACGGGGCAAGGUGGGGUGGUUGAGGGGGGCGCUUGGGUUUAAUGGGGAGGUUUAUCCCCCACCCCACAACCUCCCUCCAACCUUAGCUUCUUAGAACCCACCCUGUCAUGUUUGUUUUUUGUUUAUGAAAGCAAAAUCAGAUAACGAACGAAUAAAUGAAAAAUUGCGGCCUUUUAAAUUCUAUCGGGUAA